UACGAUAAAGGUAAUGUAUUCGUAAGCCUGCCGGCGAUUAAAACAUUCCGUUUCCCUAAACGCAGCAAGAUGGAGUUUACGAUAAAGAAACUCCACUACAUCGCAUACAUUGGAUUUAUCAGCGGCAUCAUCGGAGUACUUGGAACUUAUGUCAUAUCGGUGGCGAGGAAUGAUGUCCAGGCGUGGCUGCCAUACAUCAGUGAUGCCGGUGGGGACGCGCCGCAGAGCACAAUCUUUUCUUUCUCCAUGAUCAUCGUCUCAUUUUGCUUUAUGGUCGGCGUUUGGAUAUGUUACCUCCUUAUCCAAGAAAGAAAUGAGAAACGCGACGUGAAAGUUCUGUGGCUGAACCGACUUCUCCUACUGUCCGGCGUGGGGACAGGAGCUGGCAUGAUCAUCCUCGCAGUUAAUCCCACGGGACAUCUUCGAAAAGACGGCACAUGGGUUUGGCCCAUCUUCGCCCCGCACAUGUUCGGUGCCGUGCUAAUGUUCACAAGUGGUAUUGGCAUCAUGGGCCUCUUGCUUAUAUGUACCUACAUCCUCGACUAUCCUCACUACCGAAAACCGACCUUCUACGUCCGGUGUUUUGCCGUUGUCGUUGGCCUCAUCUCGGGGUUACUCAGAACAUCAAGUCACACUCGAGCCCGGCCCAGGCCCACAAAAAGAAGGCUUUGCCCGGCCCGGCCCGUGGGCCGGUUCGGGCUUGGUCUUUCGGCUGCAGCGUUUUGUCCCUACACCCAGACGGACAAGCUAAAGCCUCCUCCUGAUCAUCCAAGGGAUUACCCUCCGAACACCAUAAUCAGCGCUUUCUCCGAGUGGCUGGUGGUUAUAACGUUCAUGGUCUUCACCCUGUCCUUCGUGCCAGAGUUCAGGAAGUUAAAGAUGGACAUCAGAUUAGGCUACGAUGAGCAGAGAAAGCCUCUGGCGACGUCCACUUCCAGCCUCCACGAGUCCACCUUCAGCAAAUCAUCGGACCGCGUCGUCUGAACUCUGUCACAUUCAGUGCUCCAGACACAUCAUCGUGCGGAUGUACAUAUUUGCUCAACUACUACCGUCCGAACUUCGUUCGUCCCAGCGUGUGCACCCUCACUUCACGACAGCUGCCAAAGGGGCAGCUGGAAAAGAAGCUGCCAGGGUGUGAAAACUAAUUAUGAACACAAUACUGAAACGUUGCCUCUGAGGGGGCUGAGACGCGAACGAAAGCGCGCAUAAACGCAAGACUGCGACUGAUGUUUCAAAAGCAAUUGCCUUAAUUAACAAUGUUGCUAACGAAGGCAAUUGAUUUUGAAACAUUAGUCUCUGCUUCAUGUCCUCGCGCGCUUUCGUUCGUGUUCCAAGGACUCCCCGAAGCUCAUUGCAGUAAUGUACGGGUAUAAAUUAAGGGCAACUAUUUAUUAAGGGUAACUACAAAAGUAUUUUUGUGUAUGUGGGGGGGGGGGGAGCGGUGAGACUUUAUGUUAGUAGUAGCAGAUCAAGUCGGGAGACGAGUUCAAAUUCUCCUUUUUUUUCUUACAAACAAAGAAGGGCAACUAUGAAGGAAGUCCACGGAACAUCUGUUACUUGAACAAAACGAGUGUUAUGAAGCUCGGACGGGUAAAAAGGAAUUCAAUUUUUAUACCAAUGAACAUUCUUUGCGAUGAGAGGCAUUUUCGAGAUUGGGUGACAAGAGCCUCUUGGCCAAUUCCAUUGCGAGAGCAAAUUUUGCCUGACGACGGAAGUGGGUUCGCGGGAGCAAAGCGCGUUGCCCUCCAAUUCGAGUAUCUUUUCUGGGAUUAGACGUACUACCCGGUGCGCCUAGUGACAGCGUAGCUACAUCGCUAGGCAGAAGGCCGCGAAAUCCUGCAAGAUUUCUCUGAACCACGACCGAGCAUAGAUAGUAAUGUACGUUUACUUGUGCAGCAGUAAUUUUGCCCCUGUCAGCGACACGAACCUGGAAAAACCCUCCAACAUUAUCGCCUUCGCUUGUCCAAUAUCUGUCCUGUUCCGCUCGUUUUGUCCCAUGCGAAGCCACCUAAGUAAACCGGCGGGUCAGAAUGUAUUGCCCAUUCGAACAAAUGUUUUGCCUCUCCUCCACCAAUGGAACAUUCCGCGCAUAAACUGGCUCCGCAAACGAUUCUUUUUUUUUUUUUGCAUCUUCUCCGAGCAAAAUUUUGACCCAGCUCUGCCGCAGUGGAAUUCUGUUACAGCAUCGAAGCAUUAGGCGUGUUGCAUGUUUGUUGGAUAACGAACAGAGCCCGAACAAGGUAGUCGUCAAUCUAAAUACUCCAUAAGUGCGUUUGGGUUGGAUGCGUUUUAAUCAUUAUUAAUCAAAAUUAAAGAGAACAGCGCCCCAAUGGGAUGCUACUGCGGGUGGACCACUUGACCUAGAACAUAUCGCCAUUUAUACUCUCAUUGAAUAAAAGGCAUUUCCCUGCUAUACGGUACGGUACAUUCAUGAAUUUCAGCUAACUAGUCGUCCAGUAGUUGAAUACGCUGUCUUACAGGAAGUUCGCCUGGCCGUACAACCCACCCGCAAAAAAGAAACUUAUGCAGCUCUAAUAGUUUUUUUUUUAGAAAAUAAAAUGUGUCGAAUAUAAAAAAACACCCUGAAUAAAAGUCCAUGCAUAGUCAGUGCGGAUACCUUCUAUGUGUAAAAUAAGAAUAAUGGAGGUUUCGGCAGAAGUUUACAGUGUACUAGAACAUCGGUAAUUUAUUACAAGUUAAGCGACGAUGUUAGUACAUAUUGUUAAGGCAAGAUUUUAGUAGUGCAAUCCUAUGGUUAUAAAAAAAAUGCGUUACGAAUGGAGUCAAUGUUGCGGCAGAAACUCAGCUCUCCUCCGGAAUAAACUGGUUGACGAGCCUCAAUCGGUUUUAAAGUCCGCCUUGGCGACUUCACUGUCUAGCUUCAGCGCACACCUCAGUGGUUGUCAUGUGCAUAUACAUGUAUGCUAUCAGCAGGCGCACGAAACAAAACUGGUGUUCAGCACGGAUAUGCAAGUGAUAUUGGCACAGGGUCCAACAACAGCAAAGCAUGUCUUCACAAAUUGUGCUUAUACAGUCAAUAACGAUGGUGUGUUCACAACUGCAAUGGUUUGCUGAAUGCCGAGGUAAAUAUUACGAGUAUGAAGAAAAAUGUGAUUGCAGUGUGAGGUACAAACAUGGUACCUUUUGUAGCGCUCAAACAAUUAUACACCUGUUCUACGUAUUUUACCUUUUACAGUAUUGUCAUACACGUCCUAAGUGUCGUGUUGCACAAAAGCGUUAUGAGAGAUACUCGUCCUACGGUUUCUUGUGUGUGUUUGUCUCGUGCCAUUACUUGAUCGUCAUCAGCAGCAGCAUCUCAAUGAGAUUAAUAUGACGACAAACAGCGAGCACAUUCGCAAGAAAAUGUCGCAGCGCGAUAUUCAUCAACCGUGACGGAAAUCAUGGUUACAGUACCUUCAAUCCGCAAGCAAAGAUAGUUGUUUGUGAGUCCUGUGUGUGCGUAUUUGCUUCACGCCCGAGUUCUGAGGUGGAUUUAAGUUUAGAACCUCGGUGAUACUGCUGUUUGUUAUGCAUUGUUCGAGGUCAUUUUCUUUGCAGGCUCUCAUAACCGAUUGCAACACGUUCCGUAACAUGAUGUCAGCCACUACACAGGAAUAAGGCGAAUGGCUUAAUGUUUUUGGGACCGUUAUCAUAGAGUCCAUGAUAACGGUCCCGUGAUAAUGGUCAUCUUCCGUUCUGCUAAAACCCGCUAAUGACAAUUCCUGAUUUUAUGUCGCGAGGCAACUCAAAGCUUGAUUGCAAUGGACGUCGAAACGAACAACAACUUUAUUGUUGAAACAACAUGUGGAAACGAGUGUGCUCAUUUUUAGCAUGAACUCUGACCAACUUGCCCGACGUUCUACACUUACUAAGGCAAACGAUUGGCUGUAAGGUUAGUAUGUAUUGUAGUAUUGUAGUUAAGGGUAAGUAUUUAUUGUUCUGCAAGAAAAAGAUCCGAAUCUCAGUUUAAGCUCUUUUGAUUUCUUCCUUCUUGUCCCCGUUGUCAAGGGCUCAAACGAAUCCUUGGUUGGUAGCACGUUAUUACCGGGCGAUCUACCUGUCAGAGUGGCGGGGUGUUGCUCGAAGGUACCGUUGAAUGAGAAAGGAAAAAAAAAACCGUACAGCUGUUUGCACCAAGGCUGUUGGAAGUAUACUUUAGAUCCUGUUGUCGAUGGGAAAUGUUCGAUAUUUCGAACAGUAUUAAACGUUGUAUUGAUCCUGUUGAUAAAGAUGUUUAUUUCGUUA